CUUCUUCCAUUGACAGAACCAUAACCUUCUCUCUUUAACCCUUAACACCCACCAAAACAAAACGGUGACGUUUUAACCCUCUCAUUUUCCCCGAAUACUCACCGGCGAUGGAAACUGAUGUUCAAUCGAAUUUCACUUACAUGGGAAGAACCUUCACAAAUCUGAGUAUCAAUGGAAGUUCUUCCUCAGCUUUUAGCGAUUGUAACAGUGAUAGAUCCGGUGAGUUCCCUACAGCUUCUUCACAGAGCCGGCGGUUGUUUUUGGCUUGUGCUUCUGAGAAUUCCGAUGAAUUGAUACAUCAACUCGUAUCGGGUCUCGAUUCCGAUUCAAUCGAUGAGGCAAAACAAGCAGCAAUAGAGAUUAGACUCCUCGCUAAGAACAAACCAGAAAAUCGCAUCAAAAUUGCUCGAGCCGGUGCAAUCAAACCGUUGAUUUCGCUUAUUUCCUCAACCGAUCUUCAACUUCAGGAAAACGGCGUUACGGCGAUACUCAAUCUCUCUCUUUGCGAUGAAAAUAAGGAAUUAAUCGCAGCAUCAGGAGCAAUAAAACCGCUAGUUCGAGCACUUAAAAUAGGAACAUCAACAGCUAAAGAAAACGCAGCUUGCGCUCUUUUACGUCUAUCGCAAGUUGAGGAAAACAAAAAAGCAAUCGGACGGUCAGGAGCGAUUCCUCCAUUAGUGAACCUUCUAGAAACAGGAAACUUCCGCGGAAAGAAGGACGCAUCAACGGCGUUAUACUCACUAUGUUCGGUUAAAGAGAACAAAGUAAGAGCAAUACAAGCAGGUGUGAUGAAGCCUUUAGUUGAAUUAAUGGCGGAUUUCAGUUCAAACAUGGUUGAUAAAUCAGCGUUCGUUGUGAGCGAAUUGAUAUCGACAAAAGAAGCAAGAGCGGCACUCGUUGAUGAAGGUGGAAUUCCAGUGUUAGUUGAGAUUGUUGAAGUGGGGACACAACGGCAAAAGGAAAUUGCGGUUGCGAUAUUGUUACAGUUAUGUGAGGAUAGUGUGGUGUACCGUACUAUGGUGGCUCGCGAAGGAGCCAUUCCUCCCCUUGUUGCUUUGUCACAAUCUGGAACUAAUCGCGCCAAACGAAAGGCGGAGACACUGAUUGAUCUUCUAAGGCAACCAAGAUCCGGUAACGCCGCUGCAACAGCGAUAGCAAGAACAUCCGGUGUGCCAGUAUGAAAUGUUGUCUACUUGUUCCUUUUUUAUUUGUUUCCUUGUUUGUAUAAUACCAGUCCAACAAAGCGCAAAUUAUGGACAAUAUAGAAAAAAGAUAAUUUAAAAAAAAAGAAAAAAAAAAGAGAGAGAAGUGGGAAAAUGUAAAUUGCUUCUGUGAUUAGUUGUAGUAAAAACCUUUGUAAAUUUGGCGGGUUUUGAUUUUGGUGGCCA